AUGCAAGUGCAAAGGCAUCGCUUGCCGCACUCUUCGCGAGUUGAGCUCAAGCAGCUCCCGAAGUCUUUUCAGACAUGGAUGGUAUCCUGGCCUCAGCAUUUCACCCCAGACGUCGUGCAUCUGCCUUGUGAUGUAAUUCAGCAGAAGCGGUGCCUGAAGGCACAUCCCUUGCCAGGAAGGCCCAUCUCUUCGCCACAGGUGAUACUGUGGCAUUGCAAGCAUCCGCAUGGCCUGUUCUCGAUGUUCUCCUUGGCGCUUGGACACAUGGAGACGUGUGAGAAGAUGGGCGCUGCCCUGCUGGUGGAUUGGUCUUCGGAAGAGUUGCUGUACCGAGGCCCUCCUGGAGAGCCCAACGUUUGGAACGCCUUCUUCUGCCAACCUGCAGAAUUGAAGAUGCGCCAAGAGGCACUCCGUGCUGCCGUUGACAAUGGACGGUACACAGAAACGAGCAGCCACAAAGUGGUCUACGGAAACUACCGGGGAGUUAUCCAGGGCUACGGAAGCAUUCCAGCCCACCAAGCAGCAAAAGGGCGUGCUUUGUGCAAGCGAAAUAUCGCAUUGCGUCCAAAGUUUCAGCAAAAGUUGCAGACUGUUAUAGACUCGCUGCCGUUUGGCCGUCGUUUGGCUGUCCACAUACGCCGCAGCGACAAGGGCUGUGAGGCCAAAGCCAACUUCGAGCUUUCGGACGACCGUCUCCUGCAGCGCAUCCUUCAACAGUGCCAGGCUUGGGGAAUGAACGGCGUCUUUCUGUGCACUGACGAUGCAUCUUUGAAGCAGCGCCUGACGAACGCCCUAGAGCGGACAGGCUUGUCCGUCUCAACGUACGACUCAACUUUGCCCACGGAUGGAACCAAGGCAGUCCACUUCGACAAGACAGUGGAUGCUUACAAGAAAGCAGAGGACGUGGUGAUGGAGGCGUUCGUGUUCUACUUGGGCCUUGCAAUGCAAGGUCUUGUUGCAGGCUAUGACUUGUCCAGGUCUUUCCGCGAGAUCGAGUCGUUUUUCGGAGUGUUUGCCGCCUUUGCAAAGGCCCGCUGCUCCUUGCUGGGACGUGAUGGCCCUGCGAGGACCGAAAGGACUUCCGAUGUCUUGCACGAAUGGAGAGUGGAGAGUCCUAGCAACAACUGUCUGAGAACGCCAGCAGUUGCCGAGUGGACUGUUGGGGCAGUUGCUGAUCUGACAGAGGGUGCGGCAUUGCACCGGAUUUCACAGCAGAGGAGCGAUAUGUUCGGCAUCAACGAGGUUGCGAUGUUGCCCAGAACAUUGACGGCAAGUAGCGCCGUCUCUGUGAGUGGCGCCCAGCCAUUGGUCCACGGCAAAGCGCUGUUGCCAGCACCUGCUCCACAGGCGGUCCUUCAUCCCCAACAGCCAGCUCAAUUGCAGGACGUGCAGCGGGACUUGCACAGUGUCGUGCGCAGCUUGCAGAGACAGGUCGAUGAGCUUCAGGACAUGGUGCGCUCUCUGCAGCAACCUGCCAGCGAGGCAAUCGACAGAUCGAGCUCUCAGGCCCGAGAGGCAUCACCCUCAGCGAAUUCACUCAUGGUGGCUCGCACGCCUUCCGAAGAAGCACUCCUGCAAAUGUACCGCCAGCGGCGGUCGGAGGAAAGCCCAGAGCUUGGCUCGAGCCUCGAGCCGCUCGAGGAGCCCUGUUCCGGCGGAGGGGACAUGGAAGGGCCUCACUUUGAGCCGCCGAGGAAGCGAGGUGACUUCCUCAGUUCACGGCCCAGAUUACAUGGAAGCCGCUACGUUGAUGCCCUUCCGGAUGUGGAUCAGCAGCUAGAGAACUCAAUCGUCAUGGGCGAUCUGGCUUGGGUCAAGGACUGCAUCAAGAAGGGUGCAAACGUGAACUGCCGACUAGACGAGAAGGGCUUUACCCCUUUGAUGCUGGCCUCAGAAGGUGGCUGGGCAAACAUCGUGAGAUACCUGGUGGAGAACACCGAUGUAGAAAUGGACGCGGUGGAUUCAGGAGGCUUCAAUGCAGCGGACAUUGCCGCACUCAACGGCUACCUUAGCUGGGAGGAGCGAGGUAAGAAUGCUGAUGUCGCAGACAUUGUCAACUAUCUGAAGGACCGAGGCCUCGAGUACACUUGGAGGGGCGCCGUCAUCGGUGGCGACAUCGAUCGCAUCAACGAGUUCCUGGAGAACGGUCAGGAUAUCGAGGAGCGAACGGGUUACUACUGCGAGGGCAACUAUCAGUACACGGCCUUCCAAAUGGCCAUGAAGUUUGGACGCCAGAAUGUUGCCCGCUACCUGCUGUGUCUCGGUGCUGUGAUACCCAGAGACAUUUGCGAGACGCAGUCCCUUCUCGACCGCGUCAGCGGUCGAAGGAGAGCCGUGAGAGUCUGGGUCCAGAGGUGCCGGCGCAAGAGAACCUGGUCGAACGGCGCCGGCAGGCGCCAAAGCGGUCGUGGUCGCUGGGAACUUGUGGAGGUCCAAACCUUUGGCAGGCAAGAGAGUGCUGCCUGCAUCGAGUCGAGAGCGGACUGCGUCGCCAGAGACAUUUUUGAUGUGCCGGUGGGAUCUGCAACGCCAAGUUUGGAGGGCGUGGUCAGUGACACGCAAUAUGUCCUGGCCAGAGCCAAGCUGCCUGAAUUGGCUUCGGCUUUAGCCCCGUCAGUGGCUUCCACGCUUGAGCCCUUGGGUGCCAGGUGUUCGGAGCACGACCUCAACUCCUGUUUGGUGCAGCUCGGUGACGGUGAGAAAGGAAUCCGCUCCACGCCACUCUCAAAGGUGGCUGGGCACCUGCCAAGCAUCAGCUUCGGUGCCCAAGCUUUCGAGGCAUCCCUGUCGGCAGCACUGCUGUGGCGCUGUGGUAGGGAUGGACUCGGCGUCCAUGCUGGGCGACACUACUGUGAGGGUGAGAUAGUUGAGCGCUGCUACAGCCUCGACAUUGCAGAGUCGUUGGUCCCAGCUGAUGCCGGGCUGCUUCCCCUAUGCUUAUUUCAUGCAGGCAAGCAGCUGCUGUUCCCUUUUGGCUGGGGAUUGCUCUACAACGAAGGUGCACCGAACUUGAUGUGGGAGCAUGAGCAGCUCGAGGAUGGUAAUGGCAACAUAAGGCACUACAUCGUGUUGCGUGCCUCCCGAGAAGUCGCCGCAGGCGAAGAGUUGCUGCUUCCUCGUGCUCGAAAGAGACCACGGCCACGGGACUUGCUGGGUGCCGCCCUGCAGAAAGCCUUGCAGGGAGCUGUACCAGCCAUCGCAGCCGCAGAGACUGACUUGGAGGACGUCCUAAGGUACCCGUCAUCCUUGGCAACGCGCCUUUCUGAUGUCCAUGGCCUGGGAGUCUAUGCGAGGAAGGCCUUUGCUGAGGGAGAGAUCGUGGAAAUCGCUCCAAGUAUCCUCUUGAUGGAGAGUGAGUUGGGACGCCUGCUUGCGGAUUACCGGUACUCUGCCGAGCGUCUGCGUGCAGGGCUGUUCCGAGUAGUCUUGGGCUGCGGGAGCAUUUACAACCAUGCGUCAGCUCCAAACUUGGCUUACCGCCGCGUUCGAGUGGGAACCUGUGCGCCCUCACAAAGCUUGAGCAUAUGCUAUGUUGCCAAACGCGAUAUCUCUGCCGGGGAAGAGUUGUUGAUCUCCUAUGGCAAGACCUGGUGGUCCUCUCGAGGAGUCUUUGAUGCCAACCAGAAGGCUCAGCUGCUACUGCCGCCGCCCUCAUCAGCGCGCACCGCGGAGGACUCCCAGGACCCUGCCUUGCCCCGGUUCCGGACCGGUGACGCGAGGCUGCGCCGCUAA